GUUUGAGUGCGGCACCGCCGGGCUGGGCGCCUCGUCUGGCGGGUGGCGGAGAGGCCGGCGCUGGUGGCGCGGUGGGCUUGGCGUCUGGGCCGCCUCCCCUUCGCUUCACCCUCAGGCCGGGUGGGAGGAUGAACCUGGAGCGGCUGAGGAGGCGGGUGCGGCAGUACAUCGACCAGCAGCAGUAUCAAAGUGCCCUGUUUUGGGCAGACAAAGUAGCUUCAUUGUCUCAUGAGGAACCACAAGAUAUCUACUGGCUGGCCCAGUGUCUCUACCUAACAGCUCAGUAUCAUAGGGCAGCACAUGCCCUUCGAUCGCGUAAGUUGGAUAAGUUAUAUGAAGCGUGUCGCUACCUUGCAGCUAGAUGUCAUUAUGCUGCAAAAGAACAUCAACAGGCCCUUGAUAUUCUUGAUAUGGAAGAGCCAAUCAACAAAAGACUUUUUGAAAAGUACUUGAAGGAUGAAAGUGGAUUGAAAGACUCUACCACAGACUGGGAGAUGUCACAAUCCUCUAUCAAGAGCUCUAUAUGCCUUUUGCGAGGGAAGAUCUAUGAUGCUUUGGAUAAUAGAACCCUAGCAACAUACAGCUACAAAGAGGCCUUGAAGCUUGAUGUUUACUGCUUUGAAGCAUUUGAUCUUUUAACAUCGCACCAUAUGCUGACGGCACAAGAAGAAAAAGAACUUCUUGAAUCUCUACCUCUUAGCAGACAAUGUACAGAAGAAGAACAAGAAUUGCUUCACUUUUUAUUUGAGAAUAAAUUGAAAAAGUAUAAUAAACCCAGUGAAACACUGAUUCCUGAAUCAGUAGAUGGUCUUCAGGAAAACCUCGAUGUGGUAGUAUCCUUAGCCGAAAGACAUUAUUAUAACUGUGAUUUCAAAAUGUGUUACAAGCUUACUUCUGUAGUAAUGGAAAAAGAUCCUUUCCAUGCAAAUUGUUUACCUGUGCAUAUAGGGACACUUGUGGAGCUUAAUAAAGCAAAUGAGCUUUUCUAUCUCUCUCACAAACUGGUGGACUUGUACCCAAAUAAUCCUGUGUCAUGGUUUGCAGUAGGAUGCUACUAUCUCAUGGUUGGCCACAAAAAUGAACACGCCAGAAGAUAUCUCAGCAAAGCUACUACACUUGAGCGAACCUAUGGACCUGCAUGGAUAGCAUAUGGACAUUCAUUUGCAGUUGAGAGUGAGCAUGACCAAGCAAUGGCUGCAUACUUCACAGCUGCACAGCUCAUGAAAGGGUGUCAUUUGCCAAUGCUUUAUAUUGGACUGGAAUAUGGUUUGACCAACAACUCGAAGUUAGCUGAAAGGUUUUUCAGCCAAGCUUUAAGCAUUGCACCUGAAGAUCCUUUUGUUAUGCAUGAAGUUGGAGUAGUUGCAUUCCAAAAUGGAGACUGGAAAACUGCAGAAAAGUGGUUUCUUGAUGCACUGGAAAAAAUCAAAGCUAUUGGAAAUGAGGUAACUGUUGAUAAGUGGGAGCCUUUAUUGAACAACUUAGGACAUGUCUGCAGAAAACUCAAGAAAUAUGAAGAAGCACUGGAAUACCAUCGUCAGGCUCUAGUAUUAAUUCCUCAAAAUGCUUCUACUUACUCUGCCAUUGGCUACAUACAUAGUCUAAUGGGCAAUUUUGAAAGCGCAAUUGACUAUUUUCACACGGCCCUUGGUCUUAGGAGGGAUGACACAUUUUCAGUCACAAUGCUUGGACAUUGCAUAGAAAUGUAUAUUGGUGAUUCUGAAGCCUACAUUGGAACAGAGAUCAAAGACAAAUUAAGAUGUUAUGACUUUGAUGUACACACAAUGAAGACAUUAAAGAACAUAAUUUCACCUCCCUGGGAUUUCAGAGAAUUCGACAUAGAAAGACAAACUCUAGAUGAAAGUGGCAUAGUAACAUUAGAGACAUCACAUCAAAGGAAGAGUACAGAUACCAGUCGCUCGUUGGAAGAACCAUUUGAGAUAGAAAUGAAUGAAAGUGAUAUGAUGUUAGAAACAUCAAUGUCAGACCAUAGUACAUGACCAUAAAUGCUGGUAGAGAGCUCAUUUUGUCAAAGUGUAAUAUGUUUGUUUUAGCAUUUUUGUUACGGUGUUAUACUUUCAAGAAUUUGCUAUUUUUAUAUGAAUUCAAACUACUACCCUGUACUUAAAGAAGAAAUAAUGCUUGCCUUAAGGAUGAUUAAGAAGUACACAUGACAAACUAUUUCUAAAAAAUUAAUCAUACAUGAUGAAGUAAAAAAAUAAAUUUACUUGUUUUUUUCCCUGAACUGUGUACUGGUCCAUGUGUCUGCCAUCACUAAGACUGUGAAUGUUUAAAAAUAGUAGUUAACAUGGAACUGUUAACAAGUUGUUAAACUGAAUAGCCAGUUUAAUACAGUAUUAUUGUGGCUCCUGAGUUUUCAUCCUGUCUGUAGAGAAUGCUUUCUUAGUAAAUAAACAAAAAAAUCCAUUAACUUUUAUACUUACUACUUCAUAAAUAUGUAUUCCUUUAAGGAGCAAUUUCAAUGGUUUUCCAUCAUUUGACUCUAAUCUGGCAUACAUUAAAUUGAUGAUAAAGCAUGUUAUUUUGUUAUACUUUCUCUUAGUUAUUAAUUUCAGUUCUUUGUCAUUAUUCUAUAUUGCAAUACUGAAAGAUAAUUUAAGAACUGUUUUUGAUAAGCUGAUUAGACAAACAUGAAUGGCAUAAACAUUAAGAUAAAUCACUCUUUCCCACAAUUAGAGCUAUUAUAAAGUUGUAAGUCACAGUGUACUGCUGUAGGGACCACAGUAAUUCUCUUUAUACAUAGUUGUUUUGUCAAUGCAAAGUAGUAACUGAAUAAUACACAUACAUGGUUCUUAAAAGUGUGGUAUUUUUAAAUGUCAUUAGUUCACUGAAAAAUGAAGAAGUAAAGCAUAUGCCUCUGAAA